AUGUCGCGGUCGCUGCGCUCGCGUCCGACGACGCUGUAUGCGAAGGAUGAGCAUGUGGCUGGCAUGUCGAUGCCUACGGGCGUACGGAACUACUCGCACCCGCGGCCUAUGAAGAAGCCCGUGCCAAAUGAGGCGGAUGCCGAGGACAAGGUGCGGAAUCGUCUGUCGAUGCGCUAUGCGUCCGGAGCGACGGCCGUCCCUGGCUCGUACUCCGGCAACCUGAGCAUGCUUGCGCCGAUUGCAGGAGUUCCAGAGGAGGAAGAGGGAGAGCCGGCAGCGGAGCAGGCGCCUCCCGAACCUCUUGCGUACUUGCAGGCGACGCCCGGCAAGACCAAUGCGCCGCUGCCUGCGCUGCCGGUCGCCUCGCCAAAUGUACCGCCGUCCGAGGCAUGGGAAGCCUUUUCGCGCACGCCGCAGGUGGAUAUGGGCGCGUUUGCACAGGACAAUUUCGACGCGCGCGCAUUUGUCUCGACGCAGCUGCAGCAGCAGAACGAGACAGGACUGCGUAGCCUCAAGGACACGCUCACCACGGCGCAAAACUCGACACAGAAGCAGCUCAAGACGCAGGUAUUCAAGAACUACUCCGAGUUUAUUACGAUCAGUAAGGAGAUUGCGACACUCGAAAACGAUAUGCUCGAGUUCAAGGACCUCCUUUCGGAAUGGAAGCAGCUUCCGCAGCAGCUCCAGAUUGACGAUCCGAUCGGCGACAAUGGGCGGCCGUGGGGCGGAGACGUUGUCGCAGGCGCACUCAAAGGCAACCGCAGCUCGCUGGUCGAUCUGGAACAAAUUUACAAAGCGCAGAUUGCAGCGCUGUGGGAAAACAUCGAGGGUUCGCAAAAGUUUGUGCCUUACGUGCCUGGACGUCAUCUGAUUGCGGAAACGAGCCAAUUUGUCGAGGUGAAUGCGGCGACAUACAAACCCAAGCAGGCAGUCGCCCUCUUUUUGCUCGACGAUCUCCUGCUGAUUGCCGUGCAGCGCAAGCGGCAUUACGGCAGCAAGGUCCACCUUGUAGCGGAGCAGUGCUUUGGUCUCUCUGAGAUUGUCGUUGUCGAUCUCAAAGACGGCAAGGAGCUCAAGAAUGCGCUCAAGAUCAAACGGGGCAAGGAGGUGUUUGUCUACCGCACAGAAAAGGCCCAGGACAAGCGCGCGCUGCUGAAUGCGUUCCGCCGUGUCGGCGAGGACCUAGGCAACAAGAUGAAACGCGAGCGCAAGUCGCGCACCGACCCGAAGCGCCCCGAAGCACUCGCCGACUCGAUGGACUUUACGCCGGGCGCCAUGCCGGGCGACGGCGAAAAGCAGGAGCGGUCUCCCGAGCAGCCCGACCUUGCGCCGUGGCUCAACGGCGUGAUUGACGAGCUCGCCGUUCACAUUGCUUUGCGCGAGUGGGAAGAAGCCGUGGCGCUCGUCGAGGAGGGUAAGCGUCGACUCGCCAACCGGCCUGUAUCCGAAGGGCCGCUCUAUCUCCUUGUGGAAAACUUCAACUCGUGCGCCAGUGAGCUGGUGAACGCGAUCAGUGCAGAGCUCGUGUCGCCUUAUCAGCGCAAGGCGACCGUCGUGCUCGAUGCGAGUCUGCUGCUGCGCCUCGACAAAGGCCGCGAGGCACGCGAUUUGCUGCUUACGGCGCGCACCGAGCUCCUCCGUCGGCGCACGCGCCAGAUCAAGUACGAGGGUGAUGUUAGCCUGUACAUUUCUGAGCUCGCGAUGCUCUACUUUACGCUCAUCAAAAACACGGGCGAUUGGUACAUGACCGCCUUCAAAGACUACAAAAUGGCUUCGGGCUUUGUCCAGUGGGCCUCGGACCAGGUACGCUCCUAUGCCGAGACGUUCCGCCGCCAGGUCUAUGGCGUGGACCAGGACCCCGGCGUGAUCCAGGAGGCGAAGGAGAUUACGAUGAACUGCGCUCAGAUCCUGAACGACGUCGGGCUGCAGCUCACUUUCCUACUCGACGACCUGCUCCGGCCCGACGAAGAAACAGGGCCCGUGCCGUCGCUCACCGUGACCGGCGUCGAGGCGCGGUAG